GCUUUCCUUCUAGGACAUCUGCUCUUGGAUCUUCCAGUAGUCUUGAGAGGAAAGGAGAGAGGGUCCACUCUGAGCUCCUGAAAGUUUUAUUUCAUUUUCCAGAGGGGGAGUCUUCGAGGAGGUUGUGUUCGUUAUUUACUGAUUUAUUCUGAGUUGGGAACAGAUUCAUUCAUGCGUUGCUGACCUGUCAAGGCUAAGAAUGAAGAUGAGGUUAUCAUUGGCCACGGCUGCCUUCUUUGCAGUAAUAAUCUCUUCUGUUGAAGCUCAAGUGGAGCCCCCCUCAGACUUGAAAUUUACUAUUCUAAAUGAGAACACAGUGCAAAUGUCAUGGAUAAAACCCUCAUCAAGAAUAGAGGGCUACAGAUUACAAGUUAUAUCAGAUACAGAUGAACCAGCUAAAGAGUUAAGCCUCCCCUCCACUGCCACUAAGACUUCGAUCACUGACCUCACUCCUGAUCUGGACUACUCUGUGUCCAUCCUCUCUUACGAUGGCACGGAGGAGAGUAUACCCAUCUUUGGACAGCUGACUAUCCAGUCCAGUAACACCAGUGGGACAGCCAAGAGGCCACAGACCUCAGACGCAAUCAAGUGUUCCGUCAGCGCAAUAGCAGACCUGGUCUUCUUGGUGGAUGGCUCGUGGAGUGUUGGCCGAGAGAACUUCAAACACAUCCGCAGUUUCAUCGGUGCCAUGGCGGGGGCCUUUGAUAUCGGUGAAGAGAAGACCAGGGUGGGAGUAGUCCAGUAUAGCACAGACACACGCACUGAGUUUCCUCUCAACCGCUUCACAAAGCGAGGAGAGCUGCUCCGAGCCAUUAACAACCUGCCUUACAAAGGGGGCAACACCAUGACAGGGGAUGCAAUGGAUUACCUGGUGAAAAACAUCUUUACUGAGGCGGCGGGAGCCAGGAAAGGCUUUCCAAAGGUAGCCAUGAUCAUCACAGAUGGAAAAUCCCAAGAUCCAGUUGAAGAGUAUGCUAAAAGACUCCGGAACAUUGGAGUGGAAAUAUUUGUACUAGGCAUCAAAGGAGCGGAUGAGGAUGAACUCAGGGAGAUCGCCUCCCCCCCUCACAACAAACAUGUGUACAACGUGCCCAACUUCGACAUGAUCCAGAAGGUGCAGUCGCAGCUUAUCACUGAGGUCUGCUCCGGAGUGGACGACCAGCUCAGCUCUCUGGUGAGCGGAGAGGAAGUGGUGGAACCAGCCUCCAAUCUGCAAGUGACAGAGAUGUCCUCCAAGUCAAUGAGGGUCACCUGGGAUGCUUCUCGGGGUGAGGUCACAGGCUACAAGCUGACCCUCAUGCCCAUGAUGGCAGGCCUGAAGCGUCAAGUGUUGUACACAGGUCCCACCCAGACCUCAGUGAACGUGCGAGACCUCUCCCCAGAGACAGAGUAUGAGAUCACUCUGUUUGCUCUAAAGGGGCUAACCCCCAGUGAUCCUGUCAUGGCAAUGGAGAAGACCCAACCGGUCAAGGUGUCACUGGAAUGCUCUUUGGGAGUGGAUGUCCAAGCAGAUGUUGUCUUAUUGGUCGACGGCUCAUACAGUAUCGGAUUACAAAACUUUGCCAAGGUCCGGGCGUUCCUCGAAGUCCUGGUCAACUCCUUCACCAUUGGGCCCAACAACGUCCAACUCAGCUUGGUCCAAUACAGUAGAGACCCCCACACUGAGUUUGCCUUGAACACCCAUCAUGACAUCAACGCAGUGGUCAAGGCAGUCAGGACAUUCCCUUACCGUGGAGGCUCCACCAACACUGGAAAGGCCAUGGCAUAUGUUAAGGAUAAGAUCUUCCUCUCUGCUCGUGGCGCUCGCGAUAAUGUACCCAGAAUCACGGUGCUCAUCACCGAUGGGAAGUCUUCGGACUCCUUUAAAGACUCUGCCACCAACCUGAGGAAUGCUGAUGUGGAGAUAUUCGCUGUGGGCGUGAAAGAUGCUGUGAGGUCGGAGCUGGAGGCCAUCGCCAACACACCAGCGUCAACUCAUGUUUACACCGUGGAGGACUUUGAUGCCUUCCAACGUAUCUCCAAGGAGCUCACCCAGUCCAUCUGCCUGAGGAUCGAGCAGGAGCUGCUCAACAUCAAGAAGAAGAGUUUGAUUGCACCCAGAAAUCUCCAGUUUUCUGAGGUGACCUCCAGAAGCUUCCGUGCCACCUGGGAGACCGAUGCCAUCAACGUCUUGUCCUACCUGGUACGUUUCCGCAAGGCAGAGGAUUUGACCGGUGAAUAUGUCUCACUGGCGGUUCCAGUUGAAACCACAACUACUGUCCUGCCGCAUCUCAGCCCUCUCACCACCUAUGAGGUCAACGUGUUUGCCCAGUAUGACAAAGGAGACAGCUUCCCCCUGACAGGGGAAGAAACUACUCUAGAAGAACGAGGAACUGUACGAAACCUACGGGUCUCCGGGGAAACCACGGACAGUUUCCGUGUGUCGUGGGAUGCAGCACCAGGGACGGUGAUUCGUUAUCGUCUGUUCUACCUUCCUGCUGCGGGAGGAGAGAGACUGGAGGCCCAGACCAUUGGUCCUGAGACCACCAUCGUUCUCCGGGAGCUGUUCCCAGUCACCACCUACCGAGUGAUGGUGUCUGCAGAGUACUCCACCAGCCUGGGGGAUGAGAAGCAGGUGGAGGGAACCACCAAGGAAGUACGCGGCUCUCCAAAGGAUCUCCGUGUCUUCAACGAGACCGUGUCCACCAUGAGAGUAUCUUGGCGGGCCGCUCCUGGGAAUGUGCUCCAGUACCGAAUUGCCUUUAAACCGUCUGAAGGUGGAGAGAGGAAGGAGAUAUCCGUGAAGGGAGAUACCACUGUCGCCAUGCUCAAGAACCUCCAGCCUGCUACUGAAUACGAGCUGUUUGUCAGCGCCCGUUAUUCCUCAGGAGUCGGUGAACCCCUGCUGGGAACAGGAACCACUCUGGAAGUUCUGGGGUCCCCCAAAAAUUUGGCAACCAAGGAUGUUACUGACACCAGCUUCGGCGUGUCCUGGACGGCAGCGCCAGGGAACGUCCGCCGGUACCAGCUGAGGUGGAAGUCCUUGUUCACUGAAGAGGCAGGGGAGAAGACAGUGGCCGGGGACGUAACAGCCACAGUCCUGGAGGGUCUUACCCCGGAGACACGCUACCAGGUUUCCGUCUUCGCAGGCUACGGCAGGGGAGAGGGAGAGCCUUUGGUGGGAGAGGAGACCACAGAUGUCUCAGCCUCCGCCAGAGUCCUGACGGUGUCCGACGAGACGGAUAGGAGUAUGAAGGUUGCGUGGCAGGCGGCCCCGGGAAAUGUGGUCAACUAUCGGGUGACCUACAAGCCCACGGGGGCUGGACGCCAGCUGGCCACCAAGGUGCCCGGUGACACCACCGUCACCGUGCUGAGGCGGCUGCAGCCUCUCACCACCUAUGACAUCACUGUGCUGCCCGUUUACCGGAAGGGAGAAGGAAAAGCAAGGCAAGGAGUAGGAACCACACUGUCACCUUACAAAGCCCCUAGGAACUUGCAGACCUCAGAGCCGACCAAAACCAGUUUCAGGGUGACAUGGGACCAUGCUCCUGGUGAUGUGAAGGGCUACAAGGUCACCUUCCACCCCCUAGGCGAUGACAUAGACCUAGGAGAACUUCAGGUUGGACCUUACGAUAACACUGUGGUGCUUGAAGAAUUAAGGGCUGGGACAAAGUACACAGUGAGUGUAUUUGGAGUGUUCGAUGGAGGAGAGAGUAUGCCAUUGGCUGGAGAGGAGAAGACGACCCUCUCCGAUGCCCCUGAACCACCACCUUAUGAGGCCACAGAUGUGGCGUGUAAAACAAAAGCGCAGGCCGACAUUGUCCUCUUGGUGGACGGCUCCUGGAGUAUCGGACGGCUGAACUUCAAAACCAUCCGUGCCUUCAUUUCCCGUAUGGUCGGAGUCUUUGACAUCGGCCCAGAGAGGGUCCAGAUUGGUCUGGCCCAGUACAGUGGGGACCCCAGAACAGAGUGGCACCUGAACACCCACAGAACCAGGGACUCUCUGUUGGAGGCUGUGGCUAACCUUCCAUACAAGGGCGGCAACACUCUGACAGGUCUGGCUCUCAAUUACCUACUCCAGAACAAUUUCAAAGAGAAUGUGGGGAUGCGCCCCAAAGCCCGCAAGAUCGGUGUGCUUGUGACUGACGGAAAGUCCCAGGACGACAUCAUCGCCAACUCUCAAAACCUGCGUGACCAGGGCAUUGAGCUCUACGCAAUCGGUGUCAAGAACGCAGAUGAGAACGAGCUGAGGUCUAUCGCUUCCGACCCAGAAGAGAUCCACAUGUACAACGUGGCUGACUUCUCCUUCCUGCUGGAUAUAGUGGAUGACCUGACCAACAACCUGUGUAACAGCGUGAAGGGACCAGGAGGUGGCCCAGAGGCCCCCACUGACCUGGUGACAUCAGAGGUCACCCACUACUCAUUCCGCGCCACCUGGACGGCCCCUGACGGCCCCGCGGAGAAGUACCGCGUGGAGUACAUGACCCUGUCUGGACGCCCUCAACAGGUCAUGGUGGACGGGACUGUGACCACAGUGGUUCUGCAGAACCUCAACCCUCUGACAGAAUACCUGGUCAGUGUCUACUCCGUGAUUGGAGAGGACAGCAGCGAACCACUGAAGGGAAGCGAGACCACCCUGCCUCUCAGCGCGGUGAGGAAGAUGACCGUCUACGAGGAACGCGCCACCACCAUGAGGGUGCAGUGGGAAGCGGCGGUGGGGGCCACUGGCUACAUGCUGCUCUACAGCACCAUCAACGCCACUGAGGCCUCCGUGGAAAAGGAGAUAAGAGUGGGAGGAGAGGUGACUGACCUGCAGCUGGUGCAGCUGAUCCCCAACACGGCAUACACGCUGUCCAUCUUCGCCCUACAUGGAGAGUCCGCCAGCGACCCCCUCACCGAACAGGGAGUCACACUGCCCCUCCCCCCUGCCGGAGAGCUGAAGGUCAGGGAGGUCACCCACAGCACCAUGAGGCUUAUCUGGGACGCCGCGCCCGCGCCUGUCCGCAAAUACCUCAUCACCUACAAGCCUGAUGAAGGGGAGGCUAAGGAGCUGGAGGUGUCCGGAGACCUGACCACCAGGGUUCUGGACAACCUUAUCUCCCAGACAGAGUACGGUCUUGCUGUCACACCCAUCUACGAUGAGGGACCUGGCAACCCCAUGCUCGGGGACGCCAUCACGGACGUUGUACCUGCUCCUAAGGACCUGCGGUUCUCCGAAGUUACCCAGACCAGCUUCAGGGCCCACUGGGAACACGGAGCUCCCGACGUAGCGCUCUACCGCAUCGGCUGGACCAAGAAGGGAGACACCAACUUCCAAUACGCCAUCCUGAGCAGCGAGGAGAUCUCCCAUGUUUUGGAGGACCUCGACCCCGACACUAUGUACGAUGUUUCCGUCACUGCCAUUUACCCUGACGAAUCAGAGAGCGAGGACCUGCUGGGGAGCCAGAAAACACUGUCUAAGAUCAUCACUCCUGCACCCACCGGUGCCCCCACCAACCUCCUGGUGUUCAACGAGACCACCACAACACUCAACGUGAGAUGGGACCAUGCACCUGGGCGCGUCCAGCAGUACAAGAUAACCUACGUCCCCACCGCCGGUGGCAGAACCCAGUCGACUCUGAUUGGAGGGAAGAAGAACACUGUCUUACUGCCCAAGCUGAUCCCAGACACGCCCUACACCAUCACCGUGGCAGCCAUCUAUGCCAGUGGGGAGAGCAUGGACAUCUCAGGCACCGGCAAGACCAAGCCCCUGGGUGGAGUCAGGAACCUCCAGGUCACUGAUCCCACCACCAGCACUCUCAACGUCCAAUGGGAGCCCGCCGAGGGCGUUGUGCGCAAGUACAAGAUCUACUACGUCCCUGCUGCUGGGGGAGUGGAGGAGAUGGUGGAGGUCUCUGGCAGCACCACGGCCACCGUCCUGAAGAGGCUGCAGUCUGGGACCCUGUACACAGUGAGCGUGGCCCCGCUGUAUGCUGCCGGAGAGGGCAGUCGAAUGUCGGAGGACGGCAAGACAUUGGAGCGUAGUGCUGUCAAGAACAUUCAGGUGUUCAACCCCAGCACCAACACCCUGAACGUGCGCUGGGAGGCAGCUUCAGGCCCAGUCCUGCAGUACCGUGUAGUCUACGCCCCCCUGACCAGCACCAGACCCCAGGAGUCGGUCCUGGUCCAGGCACCGUCCACCACAACCCUGCUGGAGCAGUUGGUCCCUGACACCCCCUACAACGUUGAGGUGGUGGCCAUCUAUGCCGAUGGCGAGGGUCCUUCAGUCAGCGACCAGGGCACAACACUUCCCCGCAGUGGGCCCAGGAACCUGAGGGUGUAUGACCCCACCACCAGCACUCUGACGGUGGCCUGGGAGCAUGCAGAGGGUCCUGUACAGCAGUAUCGCAUCACCUAUGCCCCCACCACCGGGGACCCCAUCGAGGAGCAUACUACUGUUCCUGGCAACAGAAACACUGUGAUCUUGCAGAACCUUACUCCAGACACUCCCUACAACAUCAAAGUGAUGGCUGUCUACCCUGAUGGGCCUGGGGGAGACCUUGCAGGAGAUGGACGCACCGUGGGUCUGUUGGAGCCCAGAAACCUCCGUGUGACAGAUGAGUGGUACACCCGCUUCAGGGUGUCCUGGGAUGCGGCCCCCUCCAGAGUCCUGGGCUACAAGCUGGUCUACCAGCCUGAAGGUACGGAUCAGUCCAUGGAGGUAUUUGUCGGGGACGUGACUACACACCACCUGCACAACCUGCAGCCUGGAACCACUUACGACCUGAAGGUGUUUGCCCAGUAUGACGCUGGCCUCAGUGGGGCUCUGCAAGGAAAAGGAACCACAUUGUACCUAAAUGUGGCUAACCUGGAGACCUACAACAUUGGAUACGACAGCUUCUGCAUCAGGUGGACCCCCCACAGAGCAGCCACCUCCUACAGGCUUAAAGUCAACCCUUUUGUCUCAUAUAACAGUGGAGCGCAGGAGAUCACCGUUACUGGAUCUGAAAGCCAGUAUUGCUUCAAUGGCCUUACCCCCGAUGCACUGUACAAUGCCACCGUCUACACACAGACCCCCAACCUGGAGGGACCAGGGGUCAGUGUCAAGGAAAGGACAUUGGUUAAACCCACCGUGGCCCCGACUAUGCCCCCAACCAUACCUCCACCCCCCCCCAUCCCCGCUGCACUGGACGUGUGCAAAGGUGCCAAGGCUGAUCUGGUCUUCCUCAUUGACGGCUCGUGGAGUAUCGGUGAUGAGAGCUUCAGUAAGGUGAUCCAGUUUGUCUUCGACAUGAUUGGAGCCUUCGACAUUGUCAACUCUAACGGCAUGCAGGUGUCUUUUGUGCAGUUUAGCGAUGAUGCCAAGACAGAGUUCAAGCUGAACACGUACCACGAUAAGGGGAUGGUCCUGUCUGCUCUGCAGAUGGUCCGCUACAAGGGAGGCAACACCAAGACAGGCGCUGCUCUGAAACACAUUGGUGAGAAAGUGUUCACCUCGGACAACGGCAUGAGGAGAAGCGUUCCCAAGGUCUUGGUGGUGGUCACUGACGGACGCUCUCAGGACGAGGUCAAAAAGAGUGCCUCUUCACUGCAGCACGCUGGCUACAGCGUGUUUGUCGUGGGCGUGGCAGACGUGGACCAGAGCGAGCUGAGGAACAUCGGCAGCAAACCCAGUGACAGACAUGUCUUCGUGGUGGAUGACUUUGACGCCUUCGCCAAGAUCCAGGACAACCUCAUCACCUUUAUCUGCGAAACCGCCACCUCCACUUGUCCUUUGAUUUACAUCAAUGGCUUUACCUCACCUGGCUUCAGAAUGCUGGAGGCCUUCAACAUCACAGACAGGACCUUUGCUGGUAUGAACGGUGUGUCUAUGGAACCAGGUUCCUUCAACAGCUACAUCGCCUAUAGGCUUCACAAAGACUCCUUCAUCUCCCAACCCACCAAGGAAAUCCACCCUGAUGGUCUUCCUCCAUCCUAUACCAUCAUCAUUCUCUUCCGCUUGCUCCCUGACUCCCCCAACGAGCCUUUUGAUAUCUGGCAGAUCGCUGACGGCAACAACAACCCGGAGGUUGGGCUCACCGUCAACCCUUCCAGCAAGACAAUCACCUUCUACAACAAGGAUACCCGAGGGGAGCAACAGAGAGCCACAUUUAAUGAGGACCAAGUGAAGAAAGUUUUCCAUGGGAGCUUCCACAAGCUGCACAUCAGCAUAUCCCCUGAGAGAGUCAAGCUGAAUGUCGACUGCCAAGAGGUAGCUGAGAAACCCAUCAAGGAGGCAAACAACAUCACAGUGGAUGGCUACGAAGUGUUGGGAAAAAUGUCCAAGUCAGGGGGUUCCAAGAGGGAGUCGGCAACCUUCCAGCUCCAGAUGUUCGAUAUUGUCUGCAGCUUGAGCUGGACCAGCAGAGACAAAUGCUGCGACCUGCCUGCAACGAGAGACGAGGCCAAGUGUCCAGCCCUUCCUCACUCCUGCACAUGUGCACAAGACAGCAUCGGCCCACAGGGACCCCCUGGACCCACGGGUGGCCCAGGUAUAAAAGGAACGCGAGGAGAGAGAGGAGAGGCCGGCCCUGUUGGUUCAAUGGGACCACGUGGUGAACAAGGCCUUCCUGGCCCGUUAGGACCCCCAGGUCCACAAGGACCCAAUGGAUUGUCGCUGCCCGGAGAACCAGGCCGGCCCGGACCAAAGGGAGAACCCGGAGACCCAGGCCUGACUGGGCUACAAGGUCCUACUGGACCUGCCGGCCCUGUUGGUCCUAUAGGACCAGCUGGAGCGAGGGGCCUGCCAGGGAAGGAGGGUUCAACUGGACCUAGAGGCCCAUCAGGACCAAUGGGAAACCCAGGAAAUCCUGGAGUGCAAGGAAUCACGGGGAAGCCUGGAAAACCUGGAGAUACAGGAAACCCAGGACCACUUGGCCAGAAAGGAGAAAAAGGAGAGAAGGGAGACUUUGCCUCCCAAAACAUGAUGCGUUCCAUUGCCAGACAAGUUUGUGAACAGUUGGUGAACAGCCAGAUGAGCAGGAUUGAUAUGAUGCUCAACCAAAUCCCCACGGGUUACCGUAGCAACAACCCAGGCCCUACUGGACCCCCUGGGCCUCCUGGUAAUCAGGGAUCUCGUGGAGAGUCCGGCCAGCCCGGUCGCAGCGGUUUCCCUGGAAACCCCGGUUUACCAGGAAACCCAGGAGAGAGAGGUUUGCAAGGAGAGAAAGGUGAGAGAGGCAGUCCUGGUACUUCAACCCGAGGACAAAGAGGACUCAGUGGCCCACCUGGGCCACCAGGCGAGUCAAGGACAGGUCCCCCAGGUCCCACAGGCUCUACUGGGCCUCGUGGCUCUCCGGGUCGCCAGGGCGCUUCCGGAGUGAGGGGACCCCCUGGGCCCCCUGGGUACUGUGACUCAUCCCAGUGUGUUGGCAUUCCUUACAAUGGACAAGGCUACCCAGCCGGCCGCUACCAGCCUGACCCUGAUACCAUGGUAGUCUCUAUACCCGAGGAGCCAUCUGAAGAGUUUGAGGCAAUUCAAUCACCCGGUUACACACAAAACCAGCGAGGAAAGAGAUCACUAUCAAGAGACAAAACCAAGAGGAUGAUAUCAUAAACAAAGAAAGAGCAACAAAGAGUUGAAAUUAUUUUGAUUAUUACACAACAUGUGCAAGUAUUAAGUGACAUUCUGAAGGAAAUAUAUGGGUUUGAUACCCUUGGCUUGAACAUACAGUACAUUUAUGCCAAAGUGAUUUAAAUUUAGAUGAUUACAGAAGUCUAGAUAUCAUUUCAUUACAAACCUGUGUGCUUGCUGUCUGUUCUCUUUAGUGUCUGCUUGUAAUAUAACUGCAGCAAUCAUGUGAAAACCAUCAAAUUUGUUUGUAGGAAGUACAUAUAUCUCUUUGUACCCAUCCAGAAUAUUCAUGUUCGUCAUGUCAUUUAACAAUUUAAAGUUGUCCCAUUGUUUUAUUGAAAAUACAUAGUCUGACACAUUCCUUAUUAGUAAAUCGCCCAUUGAUUUAAUCUUCAAUCAGACCUCCUAAACAUGUGGCUUCAAUUUAAUCAUUCAGAUUUAUCAAACAUAUUUUUUUUCUUUUAUUUGUUAUUACCAAAGGUUAAAUUGCAUGUCUGUGUUGUAUAUUUAGUGAUUUAAAAACAAACAAACAAAAAAAUUACAUCUGAAUAUAGUUGUUGUUUUGUAUCAAUACCAAAUGUAGUUGGAAUGUGUUUGCAAGACUAUGGAGAUAGAAUUGCUUUUCUCAUGUUUUAACUGCACAUUGUGAAUUCCACAGCCUUAUUUUCUUAUUUAUUUCUGAAACAGAAGAGGCAUUUUUCAAUAAAACUACUGAAAAUGUA